UACCCUCUUGCGUGUUCUUGGAACAGACAGAUAGCAAACGGUAGGAUCGAGUUACUACUACUGACUGCUAUUAUUCACUAUUUCUUGUAACUUUUUUCUUGUUGGCAAUCGAUGUCAUCGCGAGUGUCUUGUUGACGCAUUCCAUACAUCAAAGACUUGCUGCGCCAACCUCCAUUUCUCGAAAGCUCGGAGGUAUUCAGACGCGUAACACGCUUGUUGGCAGAGUCGCUUGGUCGUCGCACUUCCGACAGAAACAAGAGCAACUUGGUCGCAAAAGUCACUGCACGCUUCUUCCUGUACCAUCAUGGCCAUCUACGAAAACCGGACAGUGAUCCUCGGUGUGCGCAUCGCACAAGCUGUCUUCGCACUGAUUGUGCUUGGGCUCACGGCAUAUGUCGCCGACUGGUGGCGCAGCUGGUGGAAUGGCUAUGGAUCUCCAUCCGAGGUGAACUUCCUCAUCUUCACUUCAGUAUGGACUUUUCUCGCCCUCAUUUACCUGAUUCUGGUGCCAUGGCGGUUCGCCAACUCGGUUCUUCAUCACAAGUUCGCCAUCCUGGGAGUUGAGGCGGUGACGAUGAUUUUCUGGUUCGCCGGAUUCAUUGCUCUGUCCGUUUUCAUGACUGGUCGGGACUGCAACGGCACUGUGUGUGGAUCUGCGAGAGCGGCUUGCGCCUUUGGCGCGUUCUCGUGGUUGUUGUGGGCAGCUACGACCGCUUUGGCAACAAUGCAUGUCCUUCGAAACCGGGGUACUGCAUUGACGAGCAAGGGAGAUGCGAAUAUUCAGGUCUCGGAGGGUGUCUGAUGAGCAUGGUUUCAAAAGAGACGGCCUACAGAGAGCGUUUCGGCGUACUGGGAAUGCGUGGCGAGUAUGAGUUUGAUGAUCGACCAGAGAUACCCCUACGUUGUGCAAUACUGCGUUAUGGACAAGCCAAUGACUUUUAAUGACCUGCACUGCUUGUGAGAUGAUCAGAAUCGUGAUCAGGUGACAGUCACAUCCUCGUGUGAGUGUUGCCCACCCUCCCAGGUUGGGACCGGAUUGGGCAACUUCGGCACAAUGGAGGUCGGUAUGCCGUUUGGACCCUUCACAGAUGCUGUAUAAUGAUCGGAGUGGCAAGCGUGGCCAAGAUCGGGGCGCCGAUGGGAUGGUAUAAUUGUGCAAAUGCUCACGCAAGCAGGAAAGGCUAAUGAGGGUGCACAAUGUGUGGC